AUGCCUCUUUUCGUGCUCUCUCCUGCUUCUCUCGUUCACUCGGCCCUCUUUGCCGGUUUCUACUCGUACCUGUCGGCGAACGUUGUUGUGAAGCGCCUGCAGACCGGCGUCAUCCGUGCCAACGAGGGUGGCAACGAUGCCUCGCUGUCUCGUGCUGUGCGCGCGCACGCUAGCUUCUUCGAGUACACCCCCUUCUCCUUCGCCCUCCUCUUCCUCGCUGAACUCAACGGUGCUCCCACUGCCUGGGUCCACGCCGGUUACACGGCUCUGUUCGCUACGCGUCUGGUGCACACCGUGGGUCUACUCCACUCCAAGGCGUCGAACGUGUUCCGCAAGGUGGGCUUCUUCGGAACUCUCAUUGUGAUGCUUGCCACGGCUGGCUACAACUUUGGCCUUGGCUACGAGCCGCUCAAGUCGUUCCUGGGUGUGCAGUAA